ACGGGAAUUGAGUCAUUUACAACUCCGAAGCUGGAGUGAAAACAUCGCAUGUACGAAGUUUAGAGACACGCCGCAAACGUUUACUUUUUUUGGGAUCUAUGAAAUGAUGAAUUGGACGUUUUUUUAAACUGUCGAAGAGGAAAAUUAACAGGAUCUAUGAUAACUCCAAUUGGAAUUAUACAUCCAUUUUAAAUCAGAAAAGAAGGAAUGCAUCAUUUCUUUGUGAAACUAACUUUCCUGUUGUCGCUUAUUGCUCUAACACGAGGCCUAAGAUGCUCUAUGUCCACCGAGUCGUGUUUGAACCUGGGGAGGUGUGAGGCCACGGCUGACGGAAAUGGAGAGUGCAAAUGUCGGGAUGGAUACGUGGGGAACAGGUGUCAGCAUCAGGACCCCUGCACCUACUCUUCAUGUAAAAAUGGCGGCUCGUGUCGCAUGGUGCCCCGUGGGAAUUCAGUGGAAUUCACGUGUUUCUGCCGGCCAGGCUUCACGGACCGCCUAUGUCUGACGCCCAUCGACAACGCCUGUCUCAGUUUACCCUGCCGGAACGGUGGCACUUGCGACCUGGUCAACCUCAAAGAGUACAAGUGUAGAUGUCCUCCUGGCUGGUCUGGUAAGCAGUGCCAGCAGGCAGACCCCUGUGCCUCUAACCCCUGUGCCAACGGCGGGCAGUGCACCCCCUUCGAGUCCCACUACAUCUGCUCCUGCACCCCCUUCUUCUAUGGCCAGACCUGCAAGCAGGACGUCAAUGAGUGUGCCCAAAACCCCUCACCCUGCAAGAAUGGAGGCGUGUGUGUGAACGAGGUGGGCACCUACCGCUGCCAGUGUCCCCAGGAGUAUACGGGCAAGCACUGCGAUACCCGCUACCUACCGUGCAACCCCUCCCCCUGCCACAACGGGGCCACCUGCGUCCAGAAGGGAGACACCACCUACGAAUGCUCCUGUGUGCCAGGCUUCUCAGGUCAGAACUGUGACACCAACAUUGAUGACUGUCCAAGACACGAGUGUCAGAAUGGAGGAACCUGUGUGGACGGAGUUAACACCUAUAACUGCCAAUGCAAACCUGAAUUCACAGGCCAGUUCUGUACAGAGGACGUUGACGAGUGCCAACUGAUGCCCAACGCGUGCCAGAACGGUGGAACGUGCCACAACAUCUACGGUGCCUACCAGUGUGUGUGUGUCAACGGGUGGACGGGCGAUGACUGUGGGGAGAAUAUUGACGACUGCGCCAAUGCCGCCUGCUAUCAGGGGGCCGUCUGCCACGACCGUGUGGCGUCCUUCUUCUGCGAGUGUCCCCAUGGUCGCACAGGUCUGCUGUGUCACCUGGAUGACGCCUGUAUCAGUAACCCCUGUCAGAAAGGCUCCAACUGUGACACCAACCCCGUCAACGGCAAGGCCAUCUGCACCUGUCCCCUGGGCUACUUUGGCGCCGCCUGUGACCAGGAUGUUGACGAGUGCUCGCUGGGUGGUAACCCCUGUGAGCACGGAGGGAAGUGCCUGAACACCAAGGGAUCGUUCCAGUGUAAGUGUCAGCCCGGUUUCUCUGGGGCUCGCUGUGAACACGACAUCAACGAGUGCCUCUCCAACCCCUGCCAGAACGAAGCCACCUGCCUCGACCAGAUAGGAGGCUUCCACUGCAUCUGUAUGCCAGGCUAUGAGGGACUGUUCUGCCAGAUCAAUACGGACGAGUGCGCCAACAACCCCUGCCUAAACAAUGGGAAGUGUAUCGACAAGAUCAACACCUUCCACUGCCAGUGCCCCACAGGCUUUGCUGGGAAUCUCUGCCAGAUAGACAUUGACGAGUGCGCCAGCACGCCUUGCAAGAAUGGCGCCAAGUGCACCGACGGCCCCAACAAGUACACCUGUGAUUGCACUGAAGGUUACACGGGGCAACACUGUGAGACUGACAUCAAUGAGUGUUUCUCAGCCCCCUGUCACUAUGGUACCUGUAAAGACGGCCUGGCCUCCUUCACCUGUUACUGUCGCCCUGGUUACAUGGGCCGGUUGUGCGAGACCAACAUUAAUGAGUGUCUGAGUCAGCCCUGUCGGAACGGAGGCAUCUGCCAGGACCGCGAGAACUCCUAUAUCUGCACCUGCCCCAAGGGCACCACAGGUAUAAACUGUGAAGUCAACCUGGACGACUGCAAGAGCAAGCCAUGUGACUACGGGACAUGCCUCGACAAGAUCAACGGCUACGAGUGUGCCUGCGAGCCCGGCUACAGCGGGACCAUGUGCAACAUCAACAUUGAUGAGUGUGACCUCAACCCGUGUCACAAUGGUGGCACCUGCAUCGAUGGCAUCAACAGCUUCACCUGUUUGUGCCCGGAGGGUUACCAUGACACCACCUGCUUCUUCCAGGUCAACGAGUGCCUUAGCAACCCCUGUAUCCAUGGCCACUGUCAAGACAAGGUCAACGGUUACAACUGUCUGUGUGACAAUGGCUGGAGUGGCAAGAACUGUGACAUCAACAACAACGAGUGUGAGUCCAACCCCUGCAUGAACGGAGGCACCUGCAAGGAUAUGACCAGCGGAUACGUCUGCUCAUGUAGAGUGGGCUUCACUGGUCCAAGUUGUCAGACGAACAUCAACGAAUGUGCCUCCAAUCCCUGUCUGAACCAAGGGACCUGCAUCGAUGAUGUCGCUGGCUACAAGUGCAACUGUCUACUCCCAUACACCGGUGAGAACUGUGAGACCCUGCUGGCACCCUGCAGCACCAAACCCUGCAAGAACGCAGGUGUGUGUCAGGAGUCUGAGGACUACGAGAACUUCUCCUGUGUGUGUCCAGAGGGCUGGCAAGGCCAGACCUGUGAGGUGGACAUUAACGAGUGUGUGAAGAACCCCUGUCUCAAUGGGGCCACCUGCGAGAACACCAAAGGCAACUACCGCUGUGGCUGCAAGGCCGGCUAUGCUGGCCGCAACUGCGAGACCAACAUUGACGACUGCAAGCCCAACCCCUGCAGCAAUGGAGGUUUCUGCCGGGACGAAGUGGACAACUUUGUGUGCACCUGCCUGCCUGGUUUCCGUGGCACUAAGUGUGAGGAGGACAUCAAUGAGUGCGACAGUAACCCAUGUAAGAAUGGAGCCAACUGUACAGACUGUGUCAACAGCUACACCUGCACCUGUCCCUCUGGCUUCAGUGGGAUACACUGUGAGAACAACACACCUGACUGCACUGAGAGCUCUUGUUUCAACGGUGGCACGUGUCUGGACGGCAUCAACACUUACACCUGCCUGUGCCCACCUGGCUUCACUGGCAGCUACUGCCAACACGACAUCAACGAGUGUGACUCCAGGCCCUGCCUGAACGGAGGCACCUGCCAGGACAGCUAUGGCACCUACAAGUGUACUUGUCCCCAGGGCUACAUUGGACUCAACUGCCAGAAUCUGGUACGCUGGUGUGACUCGUCUCCCUGUAAGAACGGGGGCACCUGUUGGCAGACUGGCACCACUUACAGCUGUGAGUGCCAGACCGGCUGGACAGGGCUCUACUGCGAUGUGCCAAGCGUCUCCUGCGAGGUGGCUGCCAAACAAAGAGGUGUGGAGGUAGUUGCUCUGUGUCGUAACUCAGGCCAGUGUCUGGACGCGGGGAACACCCACUACUGCCACUGCCAGGCGGGUUACACAGGCAGCUACUGUGAGGAGCAGGUGGAUGAGUGCACCCCCAACCCCUGUCAGAACGGAGCCACCUGCACUGACUUCCUAGGAGGGUACUCCUGCAAGUGCGUGGCAGGAUACGUCGGGACGAAUUGCUCCAACGAGAUCAAUGAGUGUUUCUCCCAGCCGUGCCAGAACGGGGGCACCUGCAUUGACCUGAUCAAUACCUACAAAUGCUCCUGUCCCAGGGGAACCCAAGGCGUUCACUGUGAGAUCAACAUAGACGACUGCAACCCCUUCACAGACCAAGUCACCAACGAGCCCAAGUGCUUCAACAAGGGGAAGUGUGUUGACAGGGUGGGAGGUUACCACUGUAUCUGUCCCGCCGGUUACGUAGGGGAGCGCUGUGAGGGGGACGUCAACGAGUGCCUGUCCAACCCAUGUGACCCCCGCGGGACACACAACUGCGUCCAGCUCACCAACAACUACCGCUGCGAUUGCCGUACUGGAUACACAGGAGAGCAUUGUGACACGGUGUUUGACGGCUGUAAGGGCAAACCCUGUCGUAACGGAGGGACAUGUGCCGUAGCCAGCAACACUCCUCACGGCUUCAUCUGCAAGUGUCCACCUGGCUACACUGGCUCCACCUGUGAGUACGAUGCCCACUCCUGUGGCAAUCUUCACUGUCGUAACGGUGGCACCUGCGUCUCUGGGCACAAGAACCCAAAGUGUCUCUGUACCUCCUCGUUCACAGGGCCAGAGUGUGAAUACCCCACAGACAACCCUUGUAACACCAACCUUUGCUACAACGGGGGAACCUGUGAGUACAGCUCAGAGGCUCCGUACUACCACUGCGUCUGCCCCACCAACUUCAACGGCCUGCUAUGUCACAUCCUGGACUACAGCUUCCUGGGCGGGUUCGGCCGUGACAUCACCCCCCCGCCGGAGGUGGAGGUGAGCUGUGAGAUCCCCCAGUGUGAGGAAACGAAGGGGAACAAGUUCUGUGAUAUGUUGUGUAACAACCACGCGUGUGGCUGGGACGGGGGCGACUGCUCGCUCAACUUCAACGACCCGUGGAAGAACUGCACGUCGUCCCUGCAGUGCUGGCGCUACUUCAACGACGGGAAGUGUGACGAGCAGUGCAACAACGCUGGCUGUCUCUACGACGGCUUUGACUGUCAGAACCUGGAGGGCCAGUGCAAUCCUCUGUACGACCAGUACUGUAAAGACCACUAUGCGGACGGCCACUGUGACCAGGGCUGCAACAAUGCAGAGUGUGAGUGGGACGGUCUGGACUGUGCCAACAACAUGCCAGAGAAGCUGGCGGUGGGCCGCCUGGUCAUCGUGGUCCACAUCAUGCCCGACCAGCUCCGGAACAACUCGCUUGGCUUCCUGCGCGAGCUGAGCCGCGUGAUCCACACCAAUGUGGUGUUCCAGCAGGACGCUAAGGGACAGACCAUGAUCUACCCGUACUACGGCAGUGAGCAGGAGCUGAAGAAACACAACACGAAGCGCUCGGUGGGCUGGACAGAGAUCCCUGACACCGUUCUCAGCUCCAUGAAGAACAGCAUGUAUACUAUAGCCAAUGGAAGCAGCCGCAGACGCAGGGAGCUGGACCCCAUGCAGAUCAAAGGCUCCAUAGUGUACCUGGAGAUUGACAACCGCCAGUGCGUCCAGCAGUCCACGGAGUGCUUCCAGAGUGCCACUGACGUAGCAGCCUUCCUAGGGGCCCUGGCCUCCAGUGGGAACCUCAACGUUCCCUACAUCAUAGAGGCGGUUCACAGUGAGGUUGACCCCCAGCUUCCGUCGGAGCUCUAUCCCAUCUACGUGGUCCUAGCCGGACUGGCUCUCCUGGCCUUCGCAGGCGUGGGGAUGGUCGCCUCACGGAAGCGUCGUCGCGAGCACGGCCAAUUGUGGUUGCCGGAGGGCUUCAAGACCAGUGAGCCCAACAAGAAGAAGAGGAGGGAGCCCGUCGGGGAGGAUUCGGUGGGAUUGAAGCCACUGAAAAAUUCCUUGGACAUAUCACUGAUGGACAACAACCAGAAUGAAUGGGGAGAAGAGGAGCCUUCAGACGCCAAGCGCUUUAGGCAGUUUGAGGAGCAGGCGAUGCUGGACCUGGACGACCAGACGGACCACCGCCAGUGGACCCAGCAGCACCUGGACGCGGCUGAUCUCCGUAUCCCCUCCAUCGCCCCCACACCUCCUCAGGGGGAGAUUGAGAACGACUGCAUGGACGUCAACGUACGGGGACCAGAUGGCUUCACCCCCCUGAUGAUCGCCUCCUGCAGUGGUGGAGGUCUGGAAACCGGCAACAGCGAGGAGGAGGAAGACGCCUCUGCCAACGUGAUCAAUGAUUUCAUCUACCAGGGUGCCAAACUCCACAGUCAGACGGACCGCACGGGGGAGACCGCCCUCCAUCUCGCUGCCCGCUACGCCCGCUCCGACGCUGCCAAGCGUCUGCUGGAGGCCAGUGCAGAUGCCAACAUCCAGGACAACAUGGGCAAGACCCCGCUACAUGCUGCCGUGGCUGCCGACGCUCAGGGCGUCUUCCAGAUUUUGAUCAGGAAUCGUGCCACAGACCUGGAUGCCCGCAUGCACGAUGGCACCACCCCUCUGAUCCUGGCAGCCCGCCUGGCAGUGGAGGGCAUGGUGGAGGAGCUCAUCAACUGCCACGCUGACGUCAACGCUAUCGAUGACUUCGGCAAAUCUGCUCUGCACUGGGCAGCAGCGGUGAACAACGUGGAAGCAGCUAUCGUACUACUGAAGAACGGCGCCAACAAGGACAUGCAGAACAACAAGGAGGAGACCCCGCUGUUCCUUGCUGCCCGGGAAGGAAGCUACGAGACGGCCAAGGUUCUGCUGGAGCACUUUGCUAACCGCGAGAUAACUGAUCACAUGGACCGGCUGCCCCGAGACAUUGCGCAAGAGAGGAUGCACCACGACAUUGUCCGUCUCAUGGAUGAGUACAACCUGGUCCGCAGUGCACCCGUGCAUAGCCAUGGCCAUGGAGGCUCCAUGGGCACGACCUUGUCCCCCCCCCUCUGCUCCCCCAAUGGCUACCUGGGCAGCAUGAAGGUCCAGGGCAAGAAGGCCCGCAAGCCCAGCGCCAAGGGCAUCGGCUGCAAGGACGGCAAGGACAUGAAGAACAAGAAGAAAGUCUCCCAGGAUGGGAAGGGAGGGAGUGUGCUGGAUAGCUCAGCUGUUCUGUCCCCGGUGGACUCCCUGGAGUCUCCACACGGUUAUAUCUCUGACGUGGCGUCUCCUCCCAUGAUGACGUCCCCCUUCCAGCAGUCCCCGUCCAUGUCGCUCAACCACCUCCAGGGGAUGUCCGACCCCCACAUGGGGGUCAACCACAUGGGCAUGCCCAACAAGCAGGAGCUGGCACACAUGCAGUUCGACCCACUCCCGCCCCGUCUCACCCACCUUCCUGUGUCAGGCUCCAACGGCUCGGGGGGCAUGAAUGGCCAGUGUGAUUGGCUCUCCAGGAUGCACGCCAGCAUGGGCCAGCCCAGCCAGUUCAAUCCCAUGAGGGUUGGUCCUGUCGGUGGGCAGGGCGGUCUGCACCAGGGGGGCGGGCAGCAAGGCAUGAUGACCUCUCUCCACAACGGGCUCCCCACCACCAGCCUGUCCCAGAUGAUGAGCUACCAGGGCCUGCAGAACACCCGGCUGGCCUCACAGCCCCACCUUCUGCAGCAGGCCCAGCAGCAGAUGCAGAUGCAGCACCAACAGAACCUGCAGCAGCAGCUCCAGCAGCAGCAGCAACAGAGCAUCCAGCUGCAGCACCAGAACUCUAACACUGGCACUAGUGGCCAUUCCAUCAGCCAGAACUUCAUCAGCAGCGAGCUGAGUGGCUCAGAGCUCCAGCAGGGCACAGGGAACCAGGGCUCCAUGCCUAUCCACACCAUCCUACCCCAGGAGACCCAGAUCAUGAGCCAGAACCUGCCCAGCACCCAGUACCUCACCCCUCCCUCCCAGCACAGCUACUCCGGCCCCAUGGACAACACCCCGAACCACCAGCUACAGGUCCCGGACCACCCCUUUCUAACCCCCUCCCCUGGGUCUCCCGACCAAUGGUCUAGCUCCUCCCCGCAUUCUAACAUGUCCGACUGGUCAGAGGGCAUCUCGAGUCCACCAACCAGCAGCAUGCAGUCUCAGAUCGGACAUAUCCCUGACCAGUUCAAGUAGAGAGUUAUGACAAGAUGGACUGAUUUUGAUAUUUUUGUAUGAAAAGGCACUCUUGAGAAAACAGAACAAAAAGACAGAGCUACGAACUGAUUUGACCGAAAGGAUCUUUUUAAAUGCUUUUAUACUAACAGUAAGAAUUGCCUGUGUUUUAUUCAUUCUGUUUUUAUUUAUUAAUGUCUUAUUUAUACGUUUGUUUUCAUGUGCUUACAGAAAUGUUGGAUCCAAGGUGUCAGGCCAUAGUCAGGGGAAAGUGAAACUUAUAGGCAUACUGUAGAUUUGUUUAUUUUCUUUAUGUAGUGCUUAUGUCUGCAGUAUACCAAGUUAUUCCGACGUACACUGGGUAUUUAUUUUUGUAGAAAUUUUGCCUUUUUAAUUUUCAUAUUAUCUUUCAUCAAAAUGUUGUUUAUAGUUGAAUUUAAAAAAAAAGAUGGUAUAAUCUUGUAAAAACAAACCGUGAUUUAAGUCAUUCUAUAGAGCACAUUCUUAAAUCCAGUGUUAUUUCAAUGUGUUUCAGUUUUGUUAAAUACUCUAGCGAAUUCAAGAACUGCAUUUAUUUGUCGACAUUCAUAAAAGUCAGGCUUAUUUUUCCCAUCUGUGGUCAGGGAUGCUGUAUGUAUGAAUAUUAUAUAUACUACAUUAGCUGGUUUCCAUGUUAACAUUUCAAACAGGUCAUCUGACCGAAACCAAGAAUCAGCUAAAUUAGGUGCUAAGCCUCUUGAUUUGAUUGUUUGUAUGUGUGUGGAGCGUGUAUGUGUUGGGGUUAGGGAGUAGGGUGGGGUAAUGUACAGCACAACCCAAGCUUUGAGAUGGGCAGUUAAUAGACUGAGCUCGAGUCUCUGUAAGUCUGUGUCCCUUGUUACUUUUAGUUGUUCAAGAAAUGGCCGGGUUGUCCAAAUGUUUCAGAUGUUAUUCUGAGGGAACAUUUGCAAAUUAACUUACCUAUCGCCUUCCAACUGUUUGAGCCUGUGGCCGCGUGUUUCAAUGUAAAUAUGAAUAUGCAUUUCCCUUAUAAGCAGGAUUUUGUUUCAAAAAUCUUAAGCAUGCCAUUCGGAUAAGAGGUUUCACAAUGAUCCACAGUAAUUAAAAAAUAUAUAUACAUACAGAGCAUAUAUUUUACUCAGUAUCACUGAGGAAAAGAGGUCUAAAAGAUGUAUGCAAACAAACAUAAAUAUAGAUAUUCUAAGCCCUUACAGAUAAAGAAUAACAGAAAUAUUGAGGACUUAUGAAAUGAUUAUUUAUUGACUGUUUCUGUGAUACAAAAUAAUUCACAGAUGACUAUUUGGACGAAUGUUGGAUGAAUUUUUACUCUGUGUAAAAAGGAAGACUGAAGUGUCCUGUUUCUAUUGUGUGUCCUUCCCUGAUAAUUUGUGAGACACUCUGAAUGGUAUACGUUCCCAAUUUUAUUCAUUCAAAUCCUAGGCUGUAGUAUCUGCAAUAAAAUGUUACCUUCCUGCAAAGUUGUAAUUUGCAUAAAAAGUAUUUUUCUUCCUCUGACUGACUUUAAAAAAUAAAAUAAAAUAAAUACAAAAAAAUCGUAUGAUAAAA